GGUGAGACUUUAACGGAGACGCGCGGAAGUUGCGCAGAAAUGCGCAAUACGCAAAGGACGAGUGGAUCGAGGUUAUGUUGUUAAAUAAAAUAGCCUGUAUCAAAUAAAAUAUUUCAAAUUUCAUCUCCAAAUGAAACACUGGCUUGGCUGGGGCGCGUCAUGCUCGAUCAUCUCUGCUUCUUGCUGUUCAGAAGCGCGCAGCUCUGAGGUGGAGGAGGAGUUUGAUGAAGUCACUCAGCAUCUUUUCUUGCAAUUACCCGAACAAUUCACACCAGUUCCUAACAGCAGCAGCCACAUCCUGCUGCUCAGGAAGGUGUGCGGUGCUGAGUGAACCAGUGGCCGCUUCGAGGGUCAAAAACCAUGAACUGGAAGCGCAGCGAGUUCCUGAACCUGGAUCCACGAGAGGAGCUGCUUGGAUAACAGGCUGGAGCACUUGAGUUGUUUUUCCUCAUGGACAAACGCGCCGUCUCUCCUCACUGCUGCCUGCGAUUAUUGGACUUUUUACUCAACAAAAGAGGAAUAAAUGACAUUUCAUUAAGAAGUUCAGCCUGAACUCUUAGUUAUCACAGAUGUCAGAGAUGGAUCUGGCCAACGGCUCCCUGUAUCACCCUUCCAUUCUCCACUGGGACUUCAGCCCUCCGAGUGAUUUCAUGGAUGAUAAUGAGACGAACUCCACAGCCGGAGAGGGAAACCUGCUGGGCUGCGUUCAGCUCCGCAUCCCUCAGGAGCUGUUCCUGGCGCUGGGACUGAUCAGCCUGGUGGAAAACAUCCUGGUGAUCCUGGCCAUCAUCAAGAACCGCAACCUGCACUCGCCCAUGUACUACUUCAUCUGCUGCCUGGCCGUGUCCGACAUGCUGGUCAGCGUCAGCAACGUGGUGGAGACCGUCUUCAUGCUCCUCACGGACCACGGCCUCCUGGACGUGCACCCCGGCAUGCUGCGUCACCUGGACAACGUCAUCGACGUGAUGAUCUGCAGCUCGGUGGUGUCCUCGCUCUCCUUCCUGUGCACCAUCGCGGCGGACCGCUACGUCACCAUCUUUUACGCGCUGCGGUACCACAGCAUCAUGACCACGCAGCGCGCCGUGGCCAUCAUCGCCGUGGUGUGGCUGGCCAGCGUCACCUCCAGCAUCCUCUUCAUCGUCUACCACACCGACAACGCCGUCAUCGUCUGCCUCGUCACCUUCUUCUGCACCACCCUGGUGUUCAACGCCGUGCUCUACCUGCACAUGUUCCUGCUGGCGCACGUGCACUCGCGGCGCAUCACCGCCUUCAACAAAGGCAGGCGCCACUCCACGAGCAUGAAGGGAGCGGUCACCCUCACCAUCCUGCUCGGGGUCUUCAUCGUGUGUUGGGGCCCCUUCUUCCUCCACCUCAUCCUCAUCCUCGCCUGCCCCAGCAGCCCCUUCUGCAACUGUUUCUUUCGAAACUUUAACCUUUUCCUCAUCCUCAUCAUCUGCAACUCGCUCAUCGAUCCGCUCAUUUACGCGUACCGGAGCCAGGAGCUGCGUAAAACCCUGAAGGAGCUGCUGCUGUGCGCCUGGUGCUUCGGCGUGUAGUUUGGACAUUUUAGGAGAAAACUGGCGCAAAUUGUGGAUACUGCUCACAGAGGGUGAAAUAAAGCAUGAAUGGUACUUGCUGUUUUACUGCAUUUGAAAGUAACUGUAUUCUAUUAGAGGUUUUUGCUCGUUGUCUGGCAUCAAUUUCUAUUUUUAUUGUGACUUUACUGUUUGUCUCAACACUGGGAAACGUCUGAACUUUUAUAUCUUGUAAAAUGUUCUCUCAGGUUGAYCAUUAGCCAUUGGAGACCUCAGGAGUCUCUGGACUUCAUCUAAAAAAAUAAAAAUGGGGUUUACAUGUCA